UCUCCAUCAGAGUCCUGCUGCCUGCGGACGUGUGUGUUCCAGUGUGUGCGUGUGUGUUCAGGUUUGACACUGCAGUCAUGAUGGAGGAGGCGGUCGGCCUCGGCGCCGUCACGGUUCUCGCCGUCCUGGAACAAGUUUAUUUCUCCCUGCAGGUGAUUCAUGCCAGGAGGAAGUACUCGGUGUCUCCGCCCGCCGCCGCCGGGCCCCCAGAGUUCCAGAGGAUCUUCAGAGCUCAAGUCAACUCCAGCGAGUAUUUUCCGCUCUUCAUCAUUCUGCUGUGGAGCUCCGGACUCUUCCUCAGUCCCGGUCUGUCCUCGGCCUGUGGUUUGCUCUACCUGUACGGACGCCUGCAGUACUUCUGGGGUUACUCCCAGUCCGCUGAGGGCCGCUUGGCUCCGCUUUACUUCACCGCUCAGGUUCUCUGGGUUCUCCUCGGGUUCUCCUGCCUCGGCGUCGUGCUCACCUUCACCCGGGUUUACCUGGACGUGGACCUCCUGCAGGAGGCGGGCUCCGCCCUGCACCCACUCUGGUGACGAGUGAAGCUCCUCGUUUCUAAACGUCUUGAAAUAAAACCAACUAAUAAACGUCAAACAGAAGUGUCCUCCAGCAGGAUGCUCGUGUUCAUGGAGAGGUUUCUGUUUUUGCUAUUUUAACGAGGAAGCAGAAGAAUGAGUGUGAUUGUAGUCAUGUGGAGCCUCCUCUCUGGUGUGUUUGUCCACAUGGAGGGUUUCCCCUCCAGGAUGCGAGGCUCUGCUGUCAGCUGGAAACACCAGCGGAAAACGUCUUCUAAACCACAUUUAGGCCCAAUUUACAGGCAUUGCAGAAUUAGAAAAAUGAGUUUUUACUUGUUGUGUAAAUGUCCUGUUUUUACAUCCUGUACAUCACCUAAUGUCUCUGAAAUCUAAGAUUGUCUUCCUCGUUAUAUUGAUAAUAUUAAAAGUCCUUUUUCUAAUCACGAUUA